GCCGUCACACUUCAUCUCAACGCCUCAACAGCUGUUCGCAGCCAGCUCCAGGACAUCGGAGCCAUGUUCUUUCUUUUAGUGCUUCUCACCGGACUUGGUGGGCUGUACGCAGGCGACAAUCCUCAUAAAACCUUUGUGCAGACCACAAUUCCUGAAAAGAUAUCAUCAGUAGAUACAAGAAGAGAUCCAGAAAAUAAUGUUGCUUAUAUCAUUACAUUAAAAGGAAAACCAUAUUUUGUCCAUCUUAAAAAACAGUCAUUUUUAUCUUCAGCUUCUGUUGUUUAUUCUUAUGACAAAUAUGGUGUUCAACAUUCUCAGUCUUUGUUACCUCAGAUGGAUUGCAGCUACAGCGGAUAUGUCACAGGGUUUCCACAUUCUCUUGUGGCACUAAUGACUUGUUCGGGACUCAGGGGAGUACUGCAGUUCAAAAACAUCUCAUAUAGAAUUGAACCACUGGAGGCUGUAUCAGGGUUUAUUCACAUGAUCUAUGAAGAAAACAAUGAUAACACUCCUGUUCCUCUCUUUGGAGAAAAUGAUUCUUAUGCUCGGGUUAAUGAUGUAGGAAGUCAAGUGAGAAGCCGUGUACACAAAACUGAACUUAGCAAGUUAUUUCCUCGAUACAUUGAAAUGUAUAUUGUUGUGGAUAAAAAUCUGUUUGAUCACAUGGGGUCUGACAUAAAGACUGUAACACAGAAGGUUAUUGAGCUCAUUGGCCUUGUUAAUACUAUGCUUACCCAGUUAAAACUGACAGUUUUAAUAUCUUCCAUUGAAAUCUGGUCAAGUACAAACAAAAUUACAACCACAGGGCAUCCUGAUGAUAUUUUAUUUAGGCUUUUAGAGUGGAAACGUCAACGUACUGGUCUGAAACAACAUCAUAUUUCAUAUUUACUAGUUUUUGAGAACCAUCCUACCUCUAUAGGAGCCACAUUUCCAAGAAAUAUAUGUAAUAAUAAUUAUGCUUCAGGAGUUGCUCUGUAUCCAGUUGGUCUAUCCCUGGAGUCAUAUGCUGUCAUUAUUGUACAGUUGCUUGGCCUUAAUGUAGGAUUAGUUUAUGACAAUACUGACGCCUGCUACUGUUCAGCAGAUAUUUGCACAAUGACGCCAAAAGCAGUGUACUCUGGGGGUUUAAAGGAUUUUAGCACUUGCAGCCUGGAUAGCUUUAAAUCUUUUGCAUCACAUGGCCUUAGUUGUCUUAAGAACAGUCCUCAAGAUAUGCCAGUUUAUAAACAGGCAAGGCCAAGGAAAAUUUGUGGCAAUUCAAUAAGGGAAGAAGGUGAAGAAUGUGAUUGUGGCACUGCACUGAAUUGUACGCAUAAAAAAUGCUGUGAUGCUAAAACAUGUAGGAAAAAACCUAAUGUAAAAUGUGGCUCGGGAGCAUGUUGUACAGAAGCUUGUGAGAUAAAGAAAGCUAAUGUUAUUUGUAGGCCAGCAGUUGAUAAAGAAUGUGAUUUCAAUGAAUACUGCAAUGGUCAAGAGGCAGAUUGUGCACCUGAUACUUAUGCACAUAAUGGAUAUUCCUGUGACUCAGGUGGUGCCUUCUGUUUUGGCGGAAUUUGUCGGACACACGACAAACAGUGUCAAGCAUUAAUAGGAGGCGACUCUAGAGGUGCUCCUUUUGCUUGUUUUGAAGAAAUAAAUUCCAUGGCAGAUAGUUAUGGAAACUGUGGCAGGGCCCAGUGUAACAUUCGACAUGCUUUAUGUGGAAAAUUAGUUUGCAUGUGGCCACACAAACAAUUAGUAUCACGUCCGAAUUUAUCUGUGAUUUACACACAUGUUCGAAAUGACAUAUGUGUAACUACAUCUAAAACUAUAAGGAAGAUAAUUAGGACCAUAUCGUUAACUACAUACCUUGAACCUAGUGACAGAGAUGAAACAUUUGUAGAAGAUGGAACCAUUUGUGGUCCUGGCCAGUUUUGUGACAGAUGGACAUGUAAAGAAGUUCAGUAUAUUAUCAAUGAAUCCUGUGAUCCUGCGAGACAUUGUAGUAACAAUGGGAUUUGCAACAAUUUUCAAAGGUGUCAUUGUUUCAAAGGAUUUUACCCUCCUGAAUGCCAAAUAAGGAAAGGAGAAUUUGGAAGCAUUGAUGAUGGCCAUGUGAUUAAACCAGGUUAA